GCCAGACACUUAUCAUUCUCUUACACACUCAAUCGCAGCGUUUAAUCCAUUCCCAACCACAAUGCCUGAGUACGCCAAAAACCAGCCUGUCGGCUUCAAAAACGCCAUCGAAAGAGUCGCCAUUGUUGGGGCUGGAGGCACUAUUGGAUCGCACAUUGCCAAGGCCCUCCUAGAAACCGGAAGACACACAGUCACGGCUCUUUCCCGCAAAGACAGCGGCAACAAACUCCCCGAGGGCGUUCUAGUCGCUCCAGUCAACUACGAUGAUGAGGCCACUCUUGUUGCCGCUCUUCAAGGCCAGCAGUUUUUGAUCAUCACCAUGGCUCCUACUGCGCCCCGGGACACCCACAGCAAGCUUGUCCAGGCGGCCGCCAAGGCUGGCAUUCCCUACGUCAUGCCUAAUGGGUACGCCGGCGACAUUGACAACAUUAAACUCGGCGAAGACACAUUUUUGGGACCUGUAGCCAAGGCCAACAGGGACGAAAUCGAGAGGCUCGGCAUGCAGUGGAUCACCGUGUGCUGUGGGUUCUGGUACGACUACAGCUUGGCGGGUGGUGAUGCGCGCUUUGGGUUCGAUUUUGACAAGCGUUCUUUGACACUCUAUGACGAUGGCAACACCGGGAUCUCGACGUCGACUUUAUCGCAGGUUGGGCGCGCCGUGGCCAGGGUGCUGAGCCUCAAUGAGCUUCCUGAGGAUGAGAACGAUUCCGGCCUUACUGUUUCGGCCUUCCUCAACAAGGGCGUGUACAUUAAGAGCUUUGUGGUCAGCCAGAACGACAUGUUUGAAAGCGUCAAGCGUGUCACCGGCACCACCAACGCCGAUUGGACGAUUACUCACGAGGAUACCAAGAAGCGAUACGAGGAUGGCCUGACGCAGGUGAAAGUGGGUAACAUGGCUGGGUUUAGCAAGAUGCUGUACGCAAGGACGUUUUACCCGGAUGGUUCGAGUGAUCUCUCGGACAAAGUGCAGAAUGAGGUUCUUGGAUUGCCUGAUGAGAGCCUGGAUGAGGCCACCAAGGUGGGAAUCGACUUGGUCAAGGAGCUGCAGCUUCGUGUUGAGCGUAUGGCGGCCUAGAAAUUAGUACAUCUACAAAGUUAAACCAAUGAAUGUAUAAAUAUUAUUUAAUAAGCUG